GUUUUGCACGAAGUAAAGUGAACGAUUCGCUCAUGUCUUAUUCCAUAAUUGAGGAGAAUAUAACAAUUUGUUGGCACGACGAAGAUGCUGAAGAAUCAACACCAACACCGGUAAUAACUCUAUCCAUUUUCAUUCUUGCCAUUGGCAGCAUUAUAUACUGCCUAUGCAAAAGGUGCCGCAGAGGUUCUAUGAAUCAGCCUGACGAGCGGACCAACAUUGUGGGAACUUCCGGCAAUCAGACAUCCGCAAGGAGUCAGUAUUUUAACUUAAAUGAGUUGAAAUCCGACCUUGAAUCCGACCUACGUCCUAUUGGACCUCCUCUUGAAACGCAAGAACAGCAAAAUCCUUCUUUUCCUCUGAAUGACCCCAUGCCAAUGUCUUCAAUGGAGCCCACUGUGCCCUCGGAAAAUCCACCUCCACUCGCAAAUGAUACCUUAAAUGAGUUGCAAUCCGACCAACGUCCUAUUGGACCUCCUCCUGAAAUGCAAGAACAGCAAAGUACUCCUCAUCUGAAUGACCUCAUGCCAACGACAACUCCUUCAAUGGUGCACACUGCGACUCUGGAUCGUCCACCUCCGCCCGCAGGUGAUGCAAAACCACAGUCUAAUGAACAGGUCCAGCAAGUCAUGGGAGAUAAGAACGGAUAAGAGUCUUCAUGACAAUUAAACCCAUGCAAUAGUAGUCAUCUAGGGCCUCUACUGAAGCCAGUAAAACCUCAGGCUAAUGUGCUUUAUUUUACAAUCUACCUCAAUUUAAAGGCUCUUUCUUAAAAGAGCCGAUAUUACAUGAAUGUUUGGAAUUGUGAUGUAUUUAUUAUAUGCAAUGUGACAAUAAAAAGUGUGCCAAUUCACAAAACUUUCUAG